AUGCCGACUUCAAGAUUGACAACGUUAUGCGCGCGGGAGCUCCGCGGAUCCCACAUUAAGAGCCUCCAGCGGCCAUUCAGCCAACGGGCAACAAUCUCCUCAACAUCAUGGCCAGCAUCCAGUGCCAAUGUCACCUCCAAGACCUCUUUCACAUCCCUUAAUACCCUGAUUCUUCCAUCCCGAUCAUACUCCCAAGGAUCCGCUGUCUCGCGACUGGCUAGAAGUGCUGCUUCGCCCGGAGCUGCGGCCGAGACUUAUGUGGCGUACGGCAUGACCCAGAAGAUUUUCGAGGCUUGCUCGAAGCAGGGAGAUUAUACUAUUCCGCAAGCGUCGCAGAAGGGUGUUGAGGUUCCGCUUACGGAGUCUGGUGAACAUCUUGGUGUUAGUGAUAGUUGGUGGUAUAAGGAACUGGGCCUCACACCAACAUUCUCAACCUGGUCCCAAAUCACCUUCCUGCACAUGUAUCUCCUAACCGUCCGACUCCGCGCCCUCCCCUACCGCGACAGCGUCCAGACAUACUCGCGACACUUAAUCGACCACUUCUCCCACAACGCCGAGCACCGCAUGGAUGUCCUACACGACCUCGGAAGCCGCGGUAUCCGCAACAAGUACCUGAAAGACCUCUUCAUUCAAUGGCGUGGAAUCAUCGCCGCCUACGAUGAGGGUCUGAUUAAGGGUGACGCGGUGCUGGGCGCUGCUGUUUGGAGGAAUUUGUGGAAGGCUAGUGCUACGGGUCCGGAUGGUCAGGAGGUGGAUUGGACUAAGGUUGCUUGGGUUGUGGCUUAUAUGCGUCGGGUUCUUUUUGAAUUGUCAAAGAUGGAUGAGGCGGAUAUGGCUUUUGCUUUGUCGCAGGGUGGUGGGGCGGAGUCUGCUAUCUUUGGGUUUAAUCCUGUUGAUAAGAAGAUGGCUGAGGCGAGUAACUGA